AUGGCUAAUGACAAAAUAAAGUGUGUUAUAUGUAAAGGACAUAACGAUAAUUUAAUACUUUUCGAGGGUGAUAAACUAAAAAAAUGUCAGCAAGUUUUAAGUGUACGUGUGAAACAUAAAUUAAAGUACAGUGACAUUGAGCUGCCCACACAAAUUAAUAAGACAGAUGGAUAUCAUAGACAGUGUUAUAGUAGUUUUACUGCUUUAAUGGCAAAAUACCGUGAUACAUCAUCAGAAACAGAUUAUGCCAGUAACUUCACUUCACCCACUUUGUCACCAAGUAUUAUAGUAGAUAUUAGUGAAAAUGCUGCUUCAAAUUUAGAUAGUCAGACAACGUUAGAAUAUGUUGCUUACAGCGAAACUAAUGCUUUUAAUGAAAUUCCUAAUACUAAUAUUGAAGAUGUUGGAAAAGAUCGACAACUCAAAAAUGUUUGUUUUUUUUGUGAUAAAGAGCGUAAACAGAAUAAGGGUAAACAACAAAAUCUUCAUUCCUCACCCGAUGCAAAGCUUUAUGACAAAAUCAUUGACUGGAUGGAAAAACUUAAUAAUAAAGAAUUAUUACAGAAAAUUAAUCGUCUUAAAUCUGAAAAUAAAACAAUUUUUUAUCAUCAUUUAUGUGAAUUAAAUUAUUUAAAUGAUUAUAAUAAAAUAGUUUCAGACAUUCGACAUACUUCUUGGCAUAAAAAUCGCAAUAUUCAUAAAGAUAUUUUUAAUCAUAUUGUAUCAACGGUAGAAGAAGAAGUAAUGCAAAAAAAAAAAUGUGUAUUUUUAUCAUCUCUCUGUGAUACGUACAAUAAUUAUUUGGAAUAUGAGCAGAAACUAGAGCCUCAGUCAGAUAUUAGUUUAAUAACUAAUCAUUAUCUUGAAGAAAAAAUACAAAAACAUUUUAAGAAAAGUAUUAAAUUUAUAUCGAAGCAAAACAAAAUAAUUAUCAUUCAUAAAGAUUGCAGCUUACUAGAAAAUGAUUUCACAAAACUUGAAGAAGACAACUUAAUUGAUAAAGUUGCAUUAACCUUGCGAAAUGCUAUUUUAAAAAUUGAAAAAUCAAAAUUACCAUCGAAAAUUAAAACAAACGACUUAAUUACUGGUGAAUGCGUGAUUCCUGAUAAAUUAAAUCGAUUCUUCAAAGUAUUGAUGGGGGUAAAGAUAUAA